UCUUGUAGGCUGCGCAGUCAGUGCUGAUUUCCCUUUUUGAACUCAAUACACCAGAGUUUACAAUGCUGUUAGGUGCUUUACCCAAAACAUUUCAGGAUGGAGCCACAAAACUUCUCCACAAUCAUCUGCGAAACACAGGCAACAGCAGUCAGGGACCCAUGGGAAGUCCUUUGACAAGACCUACUCCACGCUCACCAGCCAGCUGGUCGAGUCCCCUCACUUCCCCAACCAACACAUCCCAGAACACUUUGUCCCCAAGUGCAUUUGACUAUGACACAGAAAAUAUGAAUUCUGAAGAUAUUUACAGUUCUCUUCGUGGAGUCACUGAAGCCAUUCAGAAUUUCAGUUUUCGUAGUCAAGAAGAUAUGAACGAGCCUGUGAAACGAGAUUUCAAAAAAGAUGACGGUGAUUCAAUUUGCAGUGCAUCAGGAAUAGUGGACCUGCGAGCAGGAGGCAGUGUUGGAGAUACAGGCCGGACAGCUCUCGACAACAAAACAUCCUUGCUGAACACAAUGCCUCCCCACUCUUCACCACGGUCACGAGAUUACAACCCGUACAACUAUUCAGAUAGCAUAAGUUCAUUUAAUAAAUCUGCUUUGAAAGAAGCGAUGUUUGAUGAUGAUGCAGAGCAAUUUCCUGAUGGUAAGCUUCAGAUCGCAUCCUUUGUUAGGGGGACAAUG